CUUCCGGGUUUGUCGCUAGGCUGGCAAGGAGUCGCAGGCGCGGCUUCAGGCGCCUCAGUCCCUCUGGGGUGGGGGAGGCGAUGAAGAGAGUCACCUUGUUUGUUAAUGGCAGCCCCAGGAAUGGAAAGGUUGUGGCUGUUUAUGGGACUCUGUCUGAUUUGCUGUCUGUAGCCAGUAAUAAGCUUGGAAUAAAAGCAACCAGCGUGUACAAUGGGAGAGGUGGGCUCAUUGACGACAUUGCUUUGAUAAGGGAUGAUGAUGUCCUCUUUGUAUGUGAAGGGGAGCCGUUCAUUGAUCCCCAGAAUGAUGUAAACCCUCCUGAAGCAUUAAAAGGCUCUCACUCAGACUGGAUAACUCUCAAUGUUGGAGGGCGGUACUUCACAACUACCCGGACCACAUUAGUUAGUAAAGAACCUGAUAGCAUGCUGGCUCGCAUGUUUAAAGAUAAAGAUGCCUGGGGGAAUAAGCAAGAUCACCGGGGAGCCUUCCUAGUCGACCGUAGUCCGGAGUACUUUGAACCAAUUUUGAACUUUUUGCGUCAUGGACAGCUUAUUGUAAAUGAAGGCAUUAAUUUGCUAGGAGUCUUAGAAGAAGCCAGGUUUUUUGGGGUUGACUCACUGAUUGAACAUCUAGAAGCAGCUAUUAAGAAUUCACAACCAGCUGAAGAUCAUUCGCCAAUCUCCCGAAAGGAAUUUGUUAGGUUCCUACUUGCGACUUCAACCAAAUCUGAGCUGCGCUGUCAGGGUUUAAAUUUCAGCGGGGCAGAUCUCUCUCGUUUAGAUCUCCGAUAUAUCAACUUCAAGAUGGCCAACUUGAGCCGAUGCAACCUGGCCCAUGCCAACCUGUGCUGUGCAAACCUUGAACGAGCAGAUCUCUCUGGAUCAGUUCUAGAUUGUGCCAACCUCCAAGGAGUAAAGAUGCUUUGUUCUAACGCAGAAGGAGCAUCCCUGAAAGGGUGCAAUUUUGAGGACCCCUCUGGCCUUAAAGCUAACCUAGAAGGUGCUAACUUGAAAGGAGUUGAUAUGGAAGGUAGUCAGAUGACUGGAAUAAAUCUGAGAGUUGCAACUUUGAAAAAUGCAAAGCUAAAGAACUGCAACCUGAGAGGAGCAACCCUUGCAGGAACUGACUUGGAGAAUUGUGACCUGUCGGGCUGUGACCUGCAAGAAGCCAACCUGAGAGGGUCAAACGUGAAAGGGGCCAUCUUCGAAGAGAUGCUGACGCCGUUACACAUGUCUCAGAGUGUCAGAUAGGCUGUCCAGAAGAAUCACCUGCGUUUCACCCUUUAUCCUUAAUAACGUAGGAGCAACAAUUCUUCCAUGGCUUUGAGUUUCUCUGUGGUUGACUAAGGAACUGCCUCCGAUCACACGUAUGUGGGAAUUUCCCUUUCAUAGGCGUAGAAGUAGCUGUUGAACCAAAGCAGGAAAGUUGGUGGGCUUUGGAAGCAGAGAGUUGCUGUUUGCUCUGAAUACGUUGGCACUUGUGCACCACCUCACUCACUCCAGAAUGCAUUUUAAGAGAUAUGUUAAUUUAUUAAAGCACAAUAUAUGCAAUUUAUAUUUA